UUGGUGGUACUUCAGACUCCCGCACAGUGCUCAGGGGCCAAUCUUAAAAUUGGCGUCCCUGAAAACUAUGAUGGUAUUUUCCCAUGGUACCUGGCUAAGGUAAGACUUUUCAGUUAAUUUGACCAUUUAUGCAAAAAAAAAAACAUUUACAACAAAGCAGCUUGCUUAUUGGGAAAUAAUAAUUAAGGAAUAAUUAUCUCCAUAUUGCUGCCAGUCUGUGUGAUGCAUCAUACCCUGGUCCUGCUGAUAUUGAUGUAUUAAUGGCUGUAUGCAAGUAAAAGAGGGAGAAGAGCCAUAAAAAGUUUUGCUGUUGCACUGCAUUCAGCGCUCAAGAUAUAAUUAUACCGGAGCUACUCCCGCACAGCUCCCUCAUCACGAAACAAAAAUUGGAGCGCCUCUGGCUGUCUGUUCAAAAAUUGGAGACGCCAGCCCUGCAUCCAUGGCCAGGAGGAUUAUUUUCUUCACUUAGAAAUCAUCAGGUUUGUCCUGGCAGCGCAUGUGUUUGACACUGUAAUUGAAGGCCUUUUGAAGCUGUCAAAUUAAAUGCGUGGUCCAGUCAUGUUCUUCCCUUUUGCAUGAUGUAUGAUCAAAACAUACCUCAGAUUCACUCUAAUGGCGGACAUGGUGGAGAUCGGAUAAUUGGCUCUACUUUGUGUUAGGGUGGAAAGGACAACAUUAUUACUUUAAAAUGUGUGUUCUUGAGCAGAAAUGGCACUGACAGUCAGGUCUAUGAGUCAGAGUUGUUUUCUCACCAGCUUUACUAUUUGAACGGCUCUGAACUUCUCAGGUAUCCUGCUCUGGCACAUGAUAGCUGUUUUUUAAAAUCAUAACAUGAAUGUAAGAAUGAAAAAGAUACAUUUCUGUCAUGAAAACAUUUGCAUUUCAUGUCAACACAUUAGAUUCAUGACAAGAGAAGAAUGUUUGGUGUGAACGAUUAGCUACUUUGUCAACCACUGCAUAGCCUUAAAUAUAGACUUUGCAGCCUGUUGGUCUAAAAUGAGGUUAUGGAGCAGUCAAGAAAGAAGUAUCCCAGACCAAAUCAAAGUGUUAGGUUCUCAGGAGUUGAACACAUGCUGAGAUCAUUGGCACGGCUUUGGCAGCUGAGAGCCAGUUGCUAUGUGGUAUGUGAAGCCGUAAAACAUGCAGCGCUGAGUGGCACGAGAUCACCAGCAUGCUCCUGUUUCAUAGGCUGCUCUAACCAUGCCACAGUCACACCGUGCCAGGCCAGGCUGCCAUGACAGUCCUCUACGAUAGACAGUCACACAGUACAUGACUAGGAUACCCAUUCAUAUCUGACCAUGGCCGGGCCAGACACAGGCAUUGUGGGUCUGGACCAGAGGGCGUCUGUUUUGUGACUGCCCCUCUGCCAGCAGCUUGUGACACCCUUGAGAACAAACUGUCAGCGGUGAACAAGUUUUCCAUAAGGGGGGAAAAUGUCAACGUUCAUUAUGACACAUAACCGCUCACUCAAAAGAUUCAAAAGGAUUGCCAGAUGGAGCUAUACAUACACAUAUUCAUCCAUUUACACGUCAUAGAAUGGGUGAAUGAUCAAUUGACUUUAUAUGAGCAGAGCAAAAAGACAUUACACAAGGCCCAGAGAUCUCCUGUGCUUGCAGUGACAUACAGUUAUCCUCUCAACUUUGAUGUAAAAGGUCAACAUUUGCCCACACACAGUAACUAGAAGUUUUAUUUUAGCUGCACAUGUGACUCUUGCCGAGAAUACUAAAGUUAAAGUCUAUUGUAGUGAAGAGGGAAUUGUAGAUUGAAUUAAUAUUAUUGUCCUUGUCCAACACAGCUCCCUGACCUCCCAGCUACCUACACUGACGUUGUGGUGAAAGGGGACGAUGAGGGGAUCUUUGGAGUUGAGGCAGGAUUUCUUUAUGCCCUGAAGCCUCUGGACAGAGAGAAGCAGCCAUCUUACUCUCUGCAGGUUGACAGUCACACAUUUAUGGCAUUAUCUAUGCAUGUAGUGAUAUGUUUACAAUACAUGAUUACGUUUACAAUACAUCACAAUACGUGAUUAAUCAUCCAUGCGGUUAUUAUGGCCAUUGGCAAAGAUGGAACACAAGGUGACCUAUGAGAUUGCAUGGAUGGAACGAUAUUGCAAUCAUCCUCAUCAAAAAUACCAUCAAAUUGAAUACAAUAUAUUGCAAUGAUUUGUUUUGAUUGGGGUGUAUUAUCUCUGGCUUGUCCUCAAACAAUGUACUGUCUAGCAACAUCAAAUGAGACACAAUAUCCUUAGUUAAUUACAAUCAAAUUAGAUCUUUAGGCUACCGUAUUUGUCUUAAUUAACUUAUAUUUGCCCUUCAUACUUACAGUUGCAUUUACUUUAAGCUGGAAGUGAGUUUUUCCCCCCCAGCUUCUCAGCUGUAAUUGCCACUAGAGAAAAUAAUUACUACAGGAAGUCAAGUAAUGUCACCCUUGUUAGCCCAGGAUUGCGUGACAGGCAUAGCCAGUCACUACAGGAACGGAAGAUAGACCUAAAUUAGGAAGUCAAUAUUGGCCAUUUGAGUAGCAGCCUGAGUGAAAGAAUGCUAUUACCUCCAUGCUUAAUUUAGAUCUCUGCCUAAUAAAAUGUUACAAUUUUAGUGUGGAGCAGAUUGGUGAGAAAUACUGUAUAUGUAAAAGUGAGAGACUACAAUGUCUUCAUAUAGCAUUGAAGACAUCUUUAGCGUGUUAUGAGGGGCACGAUUAGGUACUAAGCGCUUGAAACCUUGUGCGCUCAUCACAGGUGUCCUUCACAGUAUCCUUGCAGUCUCAGAGCUUUAUGGUGGAAGUAUGCGUCAUUGACAAGAACGACAACGUGCCUGUGUUUAUCGAGGAGAGCAUGAGAGGCAGUGUGCAGCUGGGACUUCUGAAAGGUUGGUUAUACUAGCCAGAACAUAGAGCCCAUCCACCAUUCAGGAGAAAACAAAUACCGGAGUUCACAGAAGGGAUUUUAAUUUGUGACAUAUUCAUGAGUUUAUUUCCCAAUACAUACUGAUGAGUGAUGUUUGCAUUGUCUGAAUCUUCAUGACUUAUACAGAAAUAGUAUCACCUGAACUAACCACAUGGCUCUAGUGAAGGACAUGUAUUAGAGGUAGAGGUGAUGUGCUUCAUCUUUUUUAUUGGGGUCUUACUACAGUCUGACCUUGAGCUAUUGUGGGGUAGUUCUUUGAGUUUUUGUGUAAGAGAUGACUCAAGCGUUUGGAUUUAUGUAACUGAGGGGACUCACGGUUGAGUGGAUAAACGGAGGGUGCUGUGUGAGUGUGAGCAUCACACCAACAGAUAGUGGGUUACCAUUGAUAACAUUGUGAUGUGAACUUCAGGCAAUUAUAGAGCAGACUUUACAUUGAGAGGUUAUAGUAAUAUCCCCAUAAAGUGUGCCUCUAUUCACAUGAACGACAGUAGAUACAAAUAUGUUUACCAAUUCAUGUUUUUACCAAAUGUAAAGUUAUGUAAAAUUAUGUUGGAAUAAAGUCUGAAGGUUAACAUAACUAAAUCAGGAUUGUCCAGGAGGAAUACUGGGAUUUAAACUGAGUAAGGAUGUUUCACUAUAAGAAAUAGCCAUUGUCAUCCUUGCUUAUGAUAGACUAGUCAAAUCACAGUCUGAAUGUACACAGCUGUACAGAAGCUUGUCUAUCUUUCUCUUGGCUAGGGAUCUCAUUCAUGCAGGUGGGGGCAUCUGACCGUGACGACCGUAACACAGCCCAUGCUGACCUGCGCUUCAGCCUGAUGGACCAGACCCCCAGGAUCCCCUCCAGUCACAUGUUCUUCAUAGACUCUGUGACCGGCGAGGUGUCACUCACUGAGGACGGUGAGUUAUAGGCCCCUCACUCAACUGUCCUGUUUUAUUCUACAUGGUAUUGUCUUACUUUUCUCAAUUCACAGUUAAAUGAAUUACUUAGUACACUCCUCUCAAUCCACAUACACACGCGCACGCACACACACACGCAUGUACACACGCACAUGCACGUACACACACACACAUACACACACACACGCACGUACACACAUACACACGUACACCAGUUAACUCUGAUAAAAACAGUCCCAAUUUGGGCAGUGUUGGUGCUAUUUCAGGACUUCUGGUUACCAUGGUGGCCCUAUGUUACAGCAUGACUGAAGCUAGACAACACUAACAACCCCAAUCCACCCCAUUGGCUGCCACUAUAGGUCCAUUUAACUGUGAAAUUGGCUAAUUACGUAUUUAGGACUCUGAUGGCCUUGUUAGUGGGUUAUUAACAAUGUUUUCCCGCUUUUUUUAACGUGCUGUCUGUGAACAACGUAAUGCAGCUCCAGGACUCCCUGGAUCGUAGCAGUCCGCCAUUCAAUUUAAGUGACCCAUUAUAGCCACCAAGCAGGGCUUUACAUUUUACAGGUCAACAGUGUGUUUCUAGACACUGAGACAUAUCCUAUAAAAUCAGACUGGAAAACACUUUCAGUUAAACACCUAACAUGCCACCACAAUCAUUCAACAGCCCAAUUUCUCCCCUUGGUUAUUUCAUUCUGCCCCACUUGUGGUGGUUACUGUAUAUUCAACUGCUAUAUAUAGCCUAUAGCCUACAGCCCCCGGUUAUCAUUAUAUAUGAUAAUAAUUAUGACGUAUGCUACUGCUGACCUCAGUGAUUUAUUUUGUGUGUUUGUCUAAAUAUCUGAUUGUAAUAUAUUGAUAUAUAUGUGUGUGUGUUCCAGGGGCUUCCACCCUGGACCCAGAGAUGUGUGGCCGCUACAAGCUGUCAGUGAUGGUGAAGGACAUGGGGGGGAAACCCAACGCUUUCUUCUCCAUGGGCAUCGUGACGGUGGAGGUGACGGGAAACACCUGGGCGUCACCAGACCCUGUUCGCCUCCAGGAGAACCUCCCUGGCCCCUACCCCAUCCCCAUCUCACAGGUAGAACCUCCCUGGCCCCUACCCCCAUCCCCAUUUCACAGGUAGAACCUCCCUGGCCCCAUCCCCAUCUCACAGGUAGAACCUCCCUGGCCCCAUCCCCAUCUCACAGGUAGAACCUCCCUGGCCCCUACCCCAUCCCCAUCUCACAGGUAGAACCUCCCUGGCCCCACACCCAUCUCACAGGUAGAAUCUCCCUGGCCCCUACCCCCAUCCCCAUCUCACAGGUAGAACCUCCCUGGCCCCAUCCCCAUCUCACAAGUAGAACCUCCCUGGCCCCUACCCUAUCCCCAUCUCACAGGUAGAACCUCCCUGGCCCCUACCCUAUCCCCAUCUCACAGGUAGAACCUCCCUGGCCCCUACCCCCAUCCCCAUUUCACAGGUAGAACCUCCCUGGCCCCAUCCCCAUCUCACAGGUAGGACCUCCCUGGCCCCUACCCCCAUCCCCAUCUCACAGGUAGAACCUCCCUGGCCCCUACCCCCAUCCCCAUUUCACAGGUAGAACCUCCCUGGCCCCAUCUCCAUCUCACAGGUAGAACCUCCCUGGCCCCUACCCCAUUUCACAGGUAGAACCUCCCUGGCCCCUACCCCAUCCCCAUUUCACAAGUAGAACCUCCCUGGCCCCAUCCCCAUCUCACAGGUAGAACCUCCCUGGCCCCUACCCCAUUUCACAGGUAGAACCUCCCCGGCCCCUACCCCAUCCCCAUUUCACAGGUAGAACCUCCCUGGCCCCUACCUCACCCCCAUCUCACAGGUGACAUAGUAUCAUGCUCCUUCUCCAUCCCCAUCUCACAGGUGACACACAGUGAUGCUUUCAGGUGUCAUUUGCCUCUAGUCUAGAAAAAUGGAAAGGGGUCUUCUGACAAAUGUCAAACACUGUGAACUUUCCUCAGAUAUUCUAUUUGACUGUUCCUUGUAAAGGAAUGGGUGAAUCAUCAGGAUACUGCAGUUGUGUUGUUGUCUUUUUAGCCCCCCCCCCCCUCCGGGCUUUCCUAAGCGACCAAGGUGUGCAUUAUUAAUGUCACUCAUACCCCUAGCCUUUCCCCUGCCUGAGUCACGGUAGCCUGAGGUUCCGUUCCCGCUGUCGGUGUGUGUGUCUGUGUGUGUGUCCAUAAUGUCGAAGAUUGCUCAAUCAAACCUCACACUUUGUUUCUGACUUAGCGGUUGUAUUGAAUAGGGAUCAGUCUCUGUGCUCUGUGCGGGGCCAGUGUCUCUGUAUCUGCACCUGGUCUGCUUUACAGUCUGACGUUUAGCUUGUUAUUCAACAUUUAUAAUAUUAGCCACGGCCCACUGCUUGCAUCAGCACAAAAUCACUAAAGCUGUGUAAAGCUGUGCAUGCUUGUCCAUUUAUGUAUAUAUUCUUAAAUUAACCAUAUUGGGUAUAUGUUGUGAAAUUGUUAGAUAUUACUUGUUAGAUAUUACUGCACUGUCGGAGGUAGAAGCACAAGCAUUUCUCUACACCCGCAAUAACAUCUGCUAAACACGUGUAUGUGACAAAUACAAUUUGAUUUGAUUUGAAUAACCGGAAACAUCUGACAUUAUCAGAAAGAGGAAAACUAGACGUUCUGUUACUGCUCAGUAGUAUGAAUCUUCUCUGCAUUUCUAUCAACAUUUAUUAGUCUGGAAAACAAUAGUCUGUUUUCUAUAUAUAGGUGCUUACAACAAUGGAACAUUGUCAGAAAUGCAAACUUAAGACCUCAAGACAGUAAUGCAAAUUCGAGAACAUAAAGUCAUGAUUUGCUGUGAAUAUGUGUAUUUCUAAAUUUCAGUGUGGUCUGUGGGUGUCACCACAGUAACUCCCCUCCACCUCCUCUUCCUCCUCUCCUCCUCCUCUCCUCCUCUCACUCACGCCAGCUCCAUCCGCCCACUGAAAACGUGUGGACUCAAAACGUGGGCAGAUUUGAUCUUUUUCACAUUUUCAAUGGCAAUUUACCAACCUAAAAUAAAAUCUAUCCAAAUGUGGACAGGCAAAAUCUCAAACAAAUCCUCCAAAUCUCUGCCAGAACAUAAAUGUGUGUGUGUGAGAGAGAGAGAGAGAAAGAGAGAAUGUGCUAGAAGUUGUGCUCUAGAGCUCUUCACAGCUCAGAGGCGGGGUCAGGGAGGUGGGAGGCUGACAGAAAAGCAUGGACCAGGUUUAAAGUACAAGAUGACUCUGUUCUUGAGAUUCUCAAAAAAGAUAUGCUUCUUUUAAAUCUGAUUGCAAAAUAAUAAUAAUAAUAUAUGCCAUUUAGCAGACACUUUUAUCCACAAGCGCCAUUGCUCUACCAACUGAGCUAAGCGCUACAAAGGACCACAAAGCAUCAUGAUGUAUAUUAUUACUUUAUACUGCAAUGUAAAGAUUAUAUCGGCUAUUACUUAUGUUUUUUAUAGUGCAUCUACUUAGUAGGAAUCUGUUUGUCAACAUACUAUUACUAUAUCACAAUUAAUUAGGCUGUAACUUGUAUUGUAGAGGCACCACAUAAUACCACAUCUGCAUGUCCAUGUAAAGGGUUAACAGUGUAGAAUCCACCACUGGUGACUGUGCCUACAUGAUGGGAAAAGCCUCUCUCCACCCACUCUGCAUUUACCACCAUGUGUAUGUAGGCGGUAGGACUCACAGCUGUGCUGUUACCAAACAGAUGGGGGGGGUCAUGUUGAAAGACUCUGAGUAUGACUGGGAGCCCUUUACUAUCAACAGCAUGGAAAGUCAUUUAUCUACCCAGUGAAAUGUCGUGCUACACGUAUGCAUUAUGCUGAUGUAUUUUUCUUCUAUUAUGCAUUUCUCUUUCCAAAUAUUUUCAUUCAGUCACAUGUCAUUGAUAUAGGUGCACUUUGGUUGUUGAUCUCAAGAAGCAUUGCUCAUCUUUGGGCAUUUUCUGGCUAAAUCAAGGCAGGAGAAUUCCACAUUGAGCAUACUUCUUAUACAUGUAAGUCAGAUUUGUAAAAUAAAAUGGAUCUAUUAGAAAUACAGAAGUUGUGGGCAAUUCCACCACUUUUCAACCUCAUUUCAUUAUCUCCAGCACAAUACCAGUGUCUACAAAUGUGAAAACGACGCAUUUCUACGUUUUGUUGACAUAAUCAAAAAAUGAAAACAUUUUAAAAAGAGUGAUUUUCAAACAUGAGAUGCGCGGUGACGCAGGGAGCAAGAAAAUACCCUCCCUCUGUCUAGAAUCUCGUUGCAGGCUUUGAAAAUCACUGAAUAAUGUUUUAGGACCUUUCUUCUUAUCCUUUUAACCACAGAUCAUAGAAACGCGCCAUUUUCACAUACGCAGACACUGGUAUGGUGCUGGAGAUAAUGAAUAUGAAGUUGAAAAGUGGCGGAAUUGCCUUUUAAGACUGCUUAUUCACAAGGUGACAUAGAAGACAGAGCGUGCACUGCAAGCUGUUAAAAAAGCACUGAAAGCAAAACAUUACAUCAGCUAGUGUGCUCUACUCCUCCAUUUUUAGAACAACCAAGUCAUUAAUCACGUUGUUAUAUACUACAUCUCUUCAAAGCACUGAGGCCCUGAAACACAAUAACACUGGGAGUAAGGCAGUAGUGAGAAGAGAGUCUUGUGUAUACACAGCCUCAAUGUUUGGGGAGCCAUCUCCAAAACAAUGGAGUGGAGUGUGACAGUGUGAUGAGGAGAUGUACACAGCUCCUUCUUGGGUGCUGUUUCAUGGGGUCCUUUGAGCCAAUCAUACAGCUCCCUGUCCAGCCCUGUGCUUUAAAUCAGGGGUUUCCCUCUCUAGUAAAGCCUAGGUAUCUAUGCUUUACUAGAGAGAGAGAGAGAGAGAGAGAGAGAGAGAGAGAGAGAGAGAGAGAGAGAGAGAGAGAGAGAGAGGAGAGAGAGAGAGAAGCAAUUGAAACGAUGUUCAGUUUAUGACCUGUUCGGUGCCUUCCCUGCUUCCCUGUGCUGUGUCUAGGUGAAGUGGAGUGGGGGUCUGGUAGAGUACAGCCUGGAGGGGGAAUUCCCAGAGAUGCUGUUCACUGUCAGCAGAGAGGGAGUCAUCUCUCUCAACGCCCCACUAGACAGAGAGACUCAGGACCAGGUGAGUGGGCACACUGUUUUCAUUCACAUUGUAUCUAUCGUACCCCCUGUCUUUAUCGUAGAGUAAAGACUUGUUAGGGCAGUGAAUGCAGAGUAAUGUCAUGUGAUGUACGACAGUACACUGUAAGGACAGAGGAAAAUCGGGGUAAACAAGAAAAGGAGGAUCAUGACUCAAAUCACAACGUGUCUUUUUUCCUCCUCUGGAGUUUGCCAAGAAGCUAAGCUCCAAAGCUGUACAGGAUUAGAUAAACAUCACUUUUUGGCACAGGUUGACUUUGGGGUCAUUCUGCAGAGUAGCAAGCAACAUGUCUGCCCAGAGACCUUACUGCUCACUGGUCUGACACAAGUAAGGAGAAAUCCAUCACUGUAUUGGAUGUUCUGUUUCUACAGAAAGCCCUCUGAGAGUCUAUUCUGUCUGAACUCUACCUAUAGUACAGUAAUUAUAAAGCCAGACACACCCCCUCUCCCCUCCUUCACCUCUCUUCCUGCCUGGCAGUGACUGUCACCUACCGUGAUGGAGCUGUCAUGUUCCAGCAUGCAUCACACUGAGUCACAGCCUAUCGAUACACCUCCUCACACAAAACAACACGAGUGAGGCAGUCCAGGUUCCCUGAUUGAGAUGGUUCCACGCUGACUGACUGAGACUCAUAUGUCAGCGGCAUGUGACUCGUACAGCUGAUGGAGGGAAGAGGGAGGAGAGGAGAAGGGGGAUGCACAUGUACAGUACCUUUCACUUGGUGUUGACAGAGUUGUGUGCCCAUACGGGGUGCAGAGAUGAUGAAUAAUCCCUGGACGUGUCAAAGAAGGCGCUAUACAAGCAAAAUGGCUCAGUGCUGUGAGCUGAUAAGCAGUCCAUGAAUCAAUGGACACACAGUCACUGCCUGUCUUCAGGUUGAAGUGAAAGGGGGGAGGGGGGCAAUCUGCACAAAAAAAACCCCCACAUUUUAUUCACACUCAUACACCCCACACACCUCCCAUCCCCCCAUCUAUUCUAAGAAAGCUCAAUAGAUAAUAAAUACAAAAUCGUUGUGGCUUUAUCUCAAACUGAUGUUCCAGUGUGUAAUUGUGCCACGUUCAAUACAGAACAUUAAGAUCUUUCCAGGCUGAGAGCUUGCGCUCUGUGUUAUUCCAGUGUGACUGUUUGUGGUCUCACUGUGCAUCCAGACAGGGAGAUUUAAUCUAUCUGACAUUUUGUGAAAGUACAUGACCCCAUGUGGCUCUGUCUGUUAGUUCCAGAUCAGCAUUGUGGUGGAGCGUCCGGACGGCAGGGAGAUCGCCAAGCCUGUGGAGCUGAGGGUGAUGGUGGGCGAUGCCAACGACAACAGGCCCACGUUCCCUACUACACAGUACCACACCGUGGUCAAGGAGCUCGCCCCACGGGGUGAGGCACAACCCUCAGAACACUCAUUUAACACACUCCUACAGAUAACUCUGGAACAAACUGGAUCACAAAGGCCUUUUGUUUAGGCUUAAAACGAAAUACUCCGAAAAAAUAAAUAAAUAUGGAGAGGGUUCAAUUCUGUUUUUGUUUUGCCCACACACUAAUCUGUGAGGACUUUGCUCUUUUCCCAGGGACGGAAAUCCUCACAGUUCAAGCAGCCGACAACGAUGAUCCCAAAACAGAUAACGUGAGGAUAUUCUACCGGCUGGUUGGCCAGAUCCCAGAGAGCCCUCGUGCCUUGUUCCGGGUGGACCGUGACUCUGGGGUCAUCUCAGUGCAGGCAGACAACCUAGAGGGAGCCGCCCCACAGUACACACUGACCAUCACUGCUGAGGACGCUAAAGGUGACCAACAGUACUGCAUGGCAAUGUGGUUCUGUGGUGUUAGGGAGAGGGGUGAGGGAUUACUUCCACAAAGAUAAUGUAUGCAUAGUACAAUGUAAAGAUAAUCCAGAGAUACUCUAUAGUAGUAACCUAUUGUGAUAUGUAGACACGGGUGCAGUGGUAGUGUAAAUGAGUUUUAGACUAGCAGAUGUAUCCUCUGAGGAGAAUAUUGUUUAAAUAUGACACUACAGUGACUGAUGAUCAUGAUUAAGACUGAGGGCAUCAGUAUGACAGAGGCAUGCCAAACGAAAUGACUCACUAAUGGAGCCUAUCUCUCUCUGAUGAUGAUUUCAUUUGCAGGGUUAAACAGCUCAUGUACUGUGGUUGUGACAGUGCAGGACGAGAACAACAACCCACCCGUCUUCACUCAACACGAGGUACCUUUACGCAGGCUGAAGAGGGGACUGACCUGUGAUUUUGGGUUUGGGUUUGGGGGAUAGAAGUGAUUCAGAGCACUCAUUGCAAAUCUAUCUGCUUAUAUAUUAGAUUUUUCUCUUCUGUUGGAUGGCUGCUGUGUGAACUCUCCCUCCAGGUCACUGAUUUGAUUUCCCAGAGGGGAGCGAGAUGGAGUGCUUCGAGGGGGAUCCGAGCUUUAAUCUCAGGCUUAUACAAAUGUAGGAUCAUCAUUUGAGCCAGUUUGCUACAGCAGGAAAGUAAUCCUGCAGCAACAGAACAUUUGAAUUAUUAUGUGGAUUAUAAUUAAUGGGCAAUUUUUCGUAAUGGAAAAUCAAGUCGGAAAUUUCAGAAGCAUUUUUAAACCUCAAAUACACUACACGUUUUACAUUUCGUGCAUUGCAGGAAAGUUCUCCCACAACAGGGUGAUCAAAUUAAUAUCCUACAUCUGUAGAGAUGGAACCAUAUUAUUGUAGGGUUUUUUCUCAUUGUGCUCCAAAUGGACAAUGUUCUCUGAGUUAAUCUGAGUAAGCCUCAGAUGAGGCCUUUGAGAAUCCUUUAUUUAUAGAAUAGGCAAAUCCACAGCAUCGCCAUAAGACAGCUCUAAAUGAUAUCCCUCACACUUACAGCAGUCGGAACAUUUCACAUCUUUAUAGAAAAAUCAUCGCACUGAGCAAUAUUCAAUAUUAUGUCUGAGCACACUAGUCCAAAAAAGUGGUUUUAGAUUAAAUAUGAAAUACUUUGUUAAAAGUGAAAAAUGCAUCCCUUCUAAUAGAGAAAUGAACUGCAUUGUUCUGGAAUUUGUCAAUAAAAAGCCCUCAGAAGUGAAUCAUAAGAGAUCUCAUUAGCCGCACAGUGUCGUCAUCUCCUCUGGUACGGGGGGAGUGUCCCUGAGCCUACCAAUUAAAUUGACCUUAAUCUUAACAUAAAGGCUAUUUUUGAUCUAUGAGAGCAUCUUUGGGGACAGUCAGUGUUUCCAGCGGUCUUUUCCAUAGUCGAUCCUCAUGAAUAAUGAAGUCACAGCUGAGGUCUCUAUGAGACAACAUUGGGUUAGCUCUGGCCUCAAGGUAUGCAGUAUACGGGCCAAAGAUAGACUGUUUUCUCACACACUGUUCCAGAAUGGAAAACAGUCUACACCCACACCUCCUGAAUAAUGCAGGAGACAGGAUAGUCGUGAAAGAUGUGGGAGCAAAUCGCCAUCUUAAGAUGGGGACAUGUGACAAUGAACACACAAAGCUCUCGUUGACCUGGUGCUAGACUAAGUCAAUGUAAACACCAACUGUGCUUGUUAUGUUUAGAUGCUCUCGGAGUGAGAGAAGGUACUGUUAAGAUACAGGAGACGUGCCCUGCCUUCAUAUUCUACAGUCAUUCCAGAGUCAUCCAGUGUGUUCCUCAUUGGGUGCAAGCCAUGGCAAAAGAUUUACAGCCAUUCUCAUUUUGGAUUCUCUAUGCACCUCAACAAUGCUGUCGAUCAUUUCUUGAGUCGAUGCCAGCCCCAGGCUCAUGUUCUUUCACUAUGGCACACACACACACACACACACACACACACACACACACACACACACACACACACACACACACACACACACACACACACACACACACACACACACACACACACACACACACAGACACACACAGAGGUGGAAAAAGCUCUUGAGUGGGUCACGCCAGAGUGCCCCUGCUUUUUCCAGCAACAUGUGAACGGGUUUGUAGGGAGCUGGCAGGUGAGUGGUGAGACCCAUGGUAUCAGCGACCCUCUAGCCUGGGCAAGCAGAUCAGAGACACAGCCGCUUCAGUGGAGGGUCACAGUGAGUGGCAGAUUAAAGGACUCCCAAGCAGAGAGAUAGGAGGUGUGUGAAUGAAGGUCAACAACACAGGGCCACAGGGGACACGCCUGCAUACACACACCAGACCUGGGUCAAAUACAUAACCUAGAUUAUGUCAAAUAUGUUAAAACUUUUGAAAUGCACUUGAUUUAGUUUGCCUGGAACAACGGAACCAAUGGAGUAGUCCUAAAAGUGCACAUUCUAAGCUAAAUCAAUCUAAUACUAAAUAAUAUACUUUUCAACUAUUUCUCAAUCAAUCACAUUAAUUUUAUAAAGCUGUUUUUACAUCAGCAGUUGUCACAAAGUGCUUUACAGAUACCCAGCCUAAAACUCCAGAGAGAAAGCAAUGCAGAUGUAGUAGCCCCUGCUUCAUGAUCUUUUUCUUCUCCCUGUCCUCAUCCCCCCCUCCUCUCUCCCUUUCUCCUCUCACCUUUCUCUCUCCCUCCUCCCCCUCUCUCCUAGUACGGCCCCUUCCACCUGGCAGAGGAUGCUCCUUUGGGAGCCACGGUAACAGUGGUGUCGGCGUGGGAUGCUGAUGAGAGGGGAGGAGACAGCUGGCAGGUGAAUUACAGGCUGGAGUCUGGCAACGAGGAGGAGGUGUUCACGCUGGUCACAGACAAGCAGACCAAUGAGGUUUCAAUCAUCCUCUCCAAGGUACGGCCAUCUCCUUCAUUCAACAGUCUCUAUUCUCUCUUGUUCAUUCACAAAUAAGACACAACCCAGAGAGCCCUAGACGUCGAUGAAUAUGAUGCAUUUUAACAUGAUCUCAACAGUAAUAAUAUCUUCAUAGAAAUAUGCAAUGUAGACUCUAAUAAUUAUGCAUUUCGGUAAGUAACCAUAAAGAAAAGAUACAGGCAUAUUGAAUCUUGUAUAUCACUUUCUGUGUCUCUUCAUACACACACGUGGCUAUUUCAACGGCACGUGUCCCAAAAAUAAGCCAUGACAAAAAAAAUGAGUUUAUCCCAAAAUAAUCUGAGCCCAUCCCUGGGGUGUCUCUUUGGCUCUUCCCUGGUCUCCUGUAAUCCCCUCCACCCUCCCAGCCCCGCCUCAGCAUCGCCCUGCCUCAGCUCUCCCCUGGCCUGGACAGGAGGGCUUUGGAGACAAAGAGAGAGUGUUUGUCAUUGUGUGUGUCCCAAUUCCCUGGAAGUGUGGCAACUAUGUUCUACCUCUCUAUGAGAGUAGAGAAAUGUUACCCAUAUUCCACAGAGGUAAACCAGGAGUUGUCUAAACUGAUAUAGGACUGGAGCACAACCCCUUUGCAUUGUAUCUGAUGGACCCUGACAUACAGUAACAAUAUCAAAUGUAUGACAGAGCCGUAUAAGGCUCUGACAUAGGCCUACUGUAGCUAAUUUUGAAGCACCACGUAUGGUGUAUUGUUUGUGCAGCAGUUACACGCUUAAAGCUAGCCAACGAUAAAAUAGCAUGUUAGUGCAUCAGAGCAUGCUCACUAAUAUGUGACCUUGUGGCGAGACUGACACAACCCAGAGGGUAGUCCCAUUGUCUUAUUAAGAACAGAUUCCACAAAGUCUAAUUGAAUAAUCGCACAGUGCCAUUAGUCUGUAGAAAGUAAUUGCAGUUUACUCACUAUAAACCACAUAGGCAAGGCACUGCUAACUAAACACUAGCUCAUCUGGCUCUCUGGUGCUGUGCUACAGUUGUUUUGAUAGCGUAAAGAUGAUAUCAAUGUGGAUAUUCAGCUCCUGCUGUACUGUAGGCAGAUGUGUCUGAGGUUGGGUGUAGCAUGAUAAUCUAUGUGACUUGAUCAGGAAAAACUCUGGGCCUUUUACCAGACCCAUGUCAAGCAUGAGUUCUGUUGAAAUGUCUCCCACACGCAUACACACCUGCCGUCAUGAAUGGUGAAUUAGAGAUGAUGGGAUAGAAAAGUGUGUGGUCAGUGGCUGUGUGCUGGGUGGCAGGUGCACAUAGCUGAUUCAAUCCUUUUCAGGGGAAAGAAUGGAGAUUACAGACGAACACACCAACGCGCAUGCGCUACACAUACCACACACACACACACACACACACACACACACACACACACACACACACACACACACACACACACACACACACACACACACACACACACACAACCUCACACACUGGACUAAUGCUUUGAUCUUAUUAUGAUCUUGAUAUGAAAGAGGGGAUCACAAGUAAUCGUCUCCUUCUUUUUAAAUCCAUUGAGCUGGAGACUCUCAUGCUUCAAGUGUCCCCAUUUAACCGAGUGGGCCGCCCUCCACACAGUAACUUAAGGCCAGCAACAGCAGCUGAGUGGUGGUUGGAUUCUUCUGGUUGUUGCCUGACAUAAACCUGCACUUCACCUCCAGUCAGCACCAUUAGUCACUCCAACACAGAUCAACGUCUGAACGUCUGUGUUUUCUCUCUAGCAACAGAGGUAGCUAUUUGGGCCAGGCUACAUGUUAUUAGCAACAACAAUCACUUCAUUUCACCAGAACGUAGACAACUCACAGAGUAAGCAUAGCAACGGCUGUCCACUAACGGGAUUCUCCGUCACAAGCAUGAUUCAUGUCAGUUGACCCUUGAAUCAAAUGGCUGUCCCUGUCAUUCCAGUUUCUGUUUUACAGUGGAAAUAAAACUCUGCCGGUAAAUCAGCUUGUCUCACAUGCAGGUGACGGUAUUAUAGAGGCCUUGUUUACUUUAGAGUCGCUGUAGGAAUCAGUCUGUAAAUAUGUGGAACGCGCCGAUUCCCAGCAGACAUAUGCAGGCUCUUUCUGACCUCCUGUGUUUGCUCGAUGAGCGUAAUACAAUCCCAUGCCUCUGGAGGGGGCGGUUCGAUAUUUUGCUCAGUCUAAAUGAGCAGCCUGUGCAUCUCAUGGAGUGCUGAAAUGGCACAUUCACAACAGAUUCACUGACCGCUUUUUGCUCUUUAGAUAAAGUCUGCUGUUUUCUAGGAAAUGUUAGUAAAGCCCUCCCAUGAUUAUUUUCCUAGUGUUCAUUCUUGCACUGUAUGUAGAACACUAUGUUCCCAUAUUUCACAGCUCUCAGAACACUACAUGUAUGUUAGUGCAUGCGCUUCCAUAUGAGCAGCCUUUCUAUGGCAACCUGUAUGCAUGCAGGUGCUGGACUUCGAGCGGGAGAGCGAGUACAUCCUGGUCCUUAGUGCUCAAAACCCAGUGGCCCUGGUCCGAGGGAGGUAUGGCCCAGCGUCCACGGCAACCGUCUCCAUCUAUGUGGACGAUAUCAACGAGGGCCCCAUCCUGUCCCAGAGCCACUACGAGGUCACUGUCAGAGAGGGGGAGGAGCCAGGACGGGUUAUUGCCACUAUUCGUGGAUAUGACCCAGACUCACACCCAAUCAGGUGAAACAUCAUUCAUCAGAAAUAAUGAAAAAUAAACAUUAAUUCACAGUUUAAAGGGGUUCAGGGUGUUAUCCCACCCCACAUAUACUCUGAAGUAAUACGUACUAAUGGUUUGGGUUUUGUUUUUGUCCAGAUACUCGCUCAGAGGAGACACAAAGAGGUAUUUCUCCAUUGGGAAGUACUCAGGUGAGCUGAAGACCGUCCAGGCCUUGGACAGAGAGGAAAACAGCACCUACACUAUGGAGGUCAUGGCUGAAGAUGGACGUAAGAUGAUUUUCUGAGAAUAAUGUCUAUUUCUAUAUUUCUCUAUCUUUCCAGACAGAGGCUUCAGGGCAGCUUAGACCUCGGCCUUCUGUUUGUCCCAGUGGGUGUCACAUUUAAUAAGGCAAGGCUAAAGCAAUACUUCCAUUGAGAGUUCAAGACCACACAGUAUUCACUGACAAUGUAAUAAGCAGGGAGUGAGUCAUGCGAAGUGACAGCCAGUGUGUAGCCAGCUAGCUGGUGGGUGUAGAGUGGGGAGUGAGGAGGGGGUGUAUGUUGUAUAGAAAACUCAAAUCCAAUCCUCCCAACACUAGAUAAGCAUGACUCAGAACAGAAGAUAGACCUGCAGGGUCUGAGAGCUACACACGGCACCUCUCCAAUUACCCACUGCCCUCAUCCCUCGUAUGCACUUAUUAUCAUGUCUAGUGAAAGAUCUAUUCCAAUUCAGACUGGUCCAUUACCCGCAGAAUGGGGGCUCUGACUCACAUAUUGAGUCCAAACCUGUAGAGGCUAGAGAGGACAGUGGUGUUAAUUGGUGGAGGAGAUCCUGUAUUAUGUUGGUUGGAUCGAAGUGUACAGGUAUCAGAAACAUUUUAAAAUCUGCUUUGUAGUUCAGAGAGGUUGUGGUUUCUAAUGUCCCUCUCUGUGCUUGUCAAGGCCAGCAGCACCCAAUACGAGGACUAUUGUUUACCAGUGAUUCAAUGGGUACUAAUGUUUAUUAAAACUGAACUAUUUGCCCCCAAGGGAACUCUUCUCUGUCAGCCUCCACCCUGGUAACGGUACAUAUCCUGGAUGUGAAUGACAACAGUCCUGUGUUGGUGGGGGACUACUCCUGGAAGUACCUGUGUACACCUCGCUGGGAGGACCAGGCCUUGGUGCUGGCAUCCCGGGACAGUGAUGGUCCCCAGCACGGUGGCAGGCUCAACUUCUCCCUGCGCAGUGACGCCACUGUGCGCGGCAACUGGAAACUCACCCCCAUCAAUGGUGCGACUGUCUGCCUCAUCAUCCAGAUAACCUAACUCAGUUUUUUUUUCUUUCAGACAAACAGAAAAAUCAACACAGGCUUAAAACAACCUCUUGGCCCAUCAGAUAUUUUAGUAACCAAUCCAGCAUGACAAUACUAUAGGUGUAGUGACUGUAGUCGGGACAGGGUGACCCAACGCUAUGACAUUGUAGGCUAGCACCAUACUGUAGGAAGUAGGACCCAGGAAACAUUAACCUCUCUGGAGGAUCAAUCCAGAUCGAGGUGUUGGAUUGGUUGAGUCAUGUCUGUGUAAGAACCACUGCCAGACAGCUAAAUUACAGUGACAAAUUAGACCACUUAUUAUAUUUGAGUCAUCAUGGUGACGUUAGACCUGACGCUGUCACUGUGGCUACCCGUGUCUGUGUACCUGUAAUAACAUUGGAAAGAGAACAAUCCAGGGUGUUUUGCUACAAUGUGAUGAAUGGUGAGUAGGAGGUAAUUCAGGGAUCCAUUCAGGCCGCUUGUAGAUCCAGAAGAGACGUGUAGAGAGGAUUAGAGUGAGUGGGAACUGAGACACUGACUGGCAGUGGAAGUAAAUUGCCCUCAUCCUUUCUUCUGAGGCUGUCUGACUUGGCAGUGUCAGUAAUACGCCUAAUUGCCUCUUCCUGUCGCUGUACCUGUCUGUAAUGUGUCAGGCUGACAUACAGUAAUCAGACUUGUCGACUUGGCUGUGCUGACACAGCCUCUCUUCUGAUUCACUGUGUCAACCUUUUCUCUUUCGUUUUUUUCUCUCACCCUUUCUCUCUGAUGCAUUAUUAAUGGAAGAGGCGGAGGCCGGCUGUAAUUAUAUUUCCCCUUUAAUUUGUGUGAUGUCACAGCUGGGACCCGCUGGGCUGAAAGGCUAAGAGGCUAAAAGUGUAUUUUUCCCAGCAGCACCCAGCAGCUGCAAGACUUGUCCCUACUAACACCUGCUGCAGACGUGCCAUGGCGCACCUAUUUACCUCACCUUUAUGGCUCUUCGCCCUCCUCCCUGACAACUGGGGAGGCUGGAGAGAGUGACGGAGGUGUGACGCAGCCUCUGUCUUUGAGAAGCUCACAGAGUAUGCUGUGACGUGAUUGUCCUGAGAGGUUUACCAGUAGAUUCCACUGUUCCUGUCCACCACUGAACAGACAGUCAAUCAAUUCUAAUGAAUCAUAAAUAGAUACAGCAAUGAUUUACCUCUAUAUUUCCCAUUAUUCCUGGGCCGUGAUAAAACCAGGUUAAAAAAAACUCUCACAUACACUAUUCCUGUCAAUUAUGACAUCAAAGAAAAGUCACAAUAAAAACCAUUGAGGAUGCGGAAGACCAAGGGCUCCUCUACUAUUUAUGGCACUGAAGCCUGCCGGCUGCAGCCUUACCUCACGAGAUGAUAUACAGUGCAUUCGGAAAGUAUUCAGACCCCUUUACUUUUUCCACAUUUUGUUACGUUACAGCCUUAUUCUAAAAUGGAUGAAUAGUUUUUUCCCCCUCAUCAAUCUACACAAAAUACCCCAUAAUGACAAAGCAAAAACAGGUUUUUAGAAAUGUUUGCAAAUGUAUUAAUAACUUAAAUAUCACAUUUACAUAAGUAUUCAGACCCUUUACUCAGUACUUUGUUGAAGCACCUUUGGCAGCGAUUACAGCCUCGAGUCUUCUUGGGUAUGACGCUACAAGCUUGGCACACCUGUAUUUGGGGAGUUUCACCCAUUCUUCUCUGCAGAUCCUCUCAAGCUCUGUCAGGCUGAAUGGGGAGCGUCGCUGCACAGCUAUUUUCAGGUCUCUCCAGAGAUGUUCGAUCAGGUUCAUGUCCGGGCUCUGGCUGGGCCACUCAAGGACAUUCAGGGACUUGUCCCGAAGCCACGCCUGUGUUGUCUUGGCUGUGUGCUUAGGGUCGUUGUUGUGUUGGAAGGUGAACCUUCGCCCCAGUCUGAGGUCCUGAGUGCUCUGGAGCAGGUUUUCAUCAAGGAUCUCUCUGUACUUUGCUCCGUUCAUAUUUUCCUCGAUCCUGACUAGUCUCACUUUCCCUGCCGCUGAAAAACAUGGUGCCAGGUUUCCUCCAGAUGUGACGCUUGACAUUCAGGCCAAAGAGUUCAAUCUUGGUUUCAUCAGACCAGAGAAUCUUGUUUGACAUGGUCUGAGAGUCCUUUAGGUGUCUUUUGGUAAACUCCAAGCGGACUGUCAAGUGCCUUUUACUGAGGAGUGGCUUCCGUCUGGCCACUUUACCAUAAAGGCCUGAUUGGUGGAGUGCUGCAGAGAUGGUUGUCCUUCUGUAAGGUUCUCCCAUCUCCACAGAGGAACUCUGGAGCUCUGUCAGAGUGACCAUCGGGUUCUUGGUCACCUCCCUGACCAAGGCCCUUCUCUGCCGAUUGCUCAGUUUGGCUGGGUGCCAGCUCUAGGAAGAGUCUUGAUGGUUCCAAACUUCUUCCAUUUAAGAAUGAUGGAGGCCACUGUGUUCUUGGGGACCUUCAACGCUGCAGAAUAUUUUUGGUACACUUCCCCAGAUCUAUGCCUCAACACAAUCCUGUCUCAGAGCUCUACGGACAAUUCCUUUGACCUUUUGGUUUUUGCUCUGACAUGCACUGUCAACUGUGGGACCUUAUAUAGACAGGUGUGUGCCUUUCCAAAUCAUGUCCAAUCAAUUGAAUUUACCACAGGUGGACUCCAAUCAAGUUGUAGAAACAUCUCAAGGAUGAUCAAUGGAAACAGGAUACACUGGAGCUCAAUUUCGAGUCUCAUAGCAAAGGGUCUGAAUACUAUUUAUGUUUUUUUAUUUUUAAUACAUUUGCAAACAUUUCUAAAAACCAGUUUUCGCUUUGCAAUAAUGGGGUAUUGUGUGUGGAUUGAUGAGAAGAAGAAAACACAAUGUAAUCCAUUUUAGAAUAAGGCUGUAAUGUAACAAAAUGUGGAAAAAGGGAAGGGGUCUGAAUACUUUCAUUUUACAUUUACAUUUUACAUUUUAGUCAUUUAGCAGACGCUCUUAUCCAGAGCGACUUACAAAUUGGUGCAUUCACCCUAUAGCCAGUGGGAUAACCACUUUACAAUUAUUAUUUUUUUUGGGGGGGGGAAGGGGGGGGGGGGUAGAAGGAUUACUUUCCAAAUGCACUGUACAUCUGACAUUACACACGGUACAUAAUGACAAGUCAAACUGUGUAAGGCUGUGUAAUAUGUAAUAAAUGUCACACCUGAGGACCUGUAGUGAUAAUAGUAGAAGAUAGAAGAAGAUAAGAAUGUUCUUUGUGUUGGUCCAGAGGUGCGUCACAGUCUCAGAACAGAGGCACAUGAAGGGGACCAGUGUCUGAGGCCAGCCAGGGGCUUUUGGACCCCCAGAUAACAGCUAACAGUCUGAUAGUAAACCCUCUGUUUACGAGACGGGAGCUUGUAUUUUGGAUUCGUUCAUAGAUUAGAUAAAGUAUCAGUGCAUUUGCACUAGAACCCCCCCCCCCCCCCCCCCUUCCAACCUUCGUCACCCAUUGGCCAGUGUGUUUGUUUUGAGUCACAGAGGGUCUACCAGACAGGUCCCUCACACAUACAGAAUGUGUAUGAUAAACAAAACCUAGGUCUUUGCAAUGUAGAAUAACAUUUAUGUGGGCUAUUGAUCAUGCCAGUAUUUUACUCGUGUUCACCAAAACCUAGUUAAUCAAUCAGCCACGGUUAUUUAUCUGAAUUGGCCUGUAUACCAGACUCUUUACUGAGGACAAGCAGAUGUUUAAAAAUAUAUUUGAGGUAAUGUUUUUCGUUCUCGCACGGCUUUGGAGCUUUUGGAAUUUCCCUCUGAUGUUUACUUUGCUGUUAGACGCUAGCCAAAAUGGACAAAAUACUUCUGUGUACCGUCAAUCAAAUUGGUCUUAAAAGAACAUCUCAUUCCAAAAUCAUGGGCAUUAAAAUGGAGUUGGUCCCCCCUUUGCUGUUAUAACAGCAUCCAGUCUUCUUGGGAGGCUUUCCACUAGAUGUUGGAACAUUGCUGCGGGGACUUGCUUCCAUUCAGCCACAAGAGCAUUAGUGAGGUCGAGCACUGAUGUUAUGCGAUUAGGCCUGGCUCGCAGUCGGCGUUCCAAUUCAUCCCAAAGGUGUUCAAUGGGGUUGAGGUCAGGGCUCUGUGCAGGCCAGUCAAGUUCUUCCACACCGAUCUCAACAAACGAUUUCUGUAUGGACCUCGCUUUGUGCACGGGGGCAUUGUCAUGCUGAAACAGUAAAGGGCCUUCCCCAAACUGUACAGUUGGCACUAUGCAUUGGGGCAGGUAGCGUUCUCCUGGCAUCCGCCAAACCCAGAUUUGUCCAUUGGACUGUCAGAAUGUGAAGUAUGAUUAAUCACUCCAGAGAACGCGUUUCCACUGUUCCAGAAUUGCCGAGUUUUACACUAUUCCCACUGACGCUUGGCAUUGCGCAUGGUGAUCUUAGGCUUGUGUGCGGCUGUUCGGCCAUGGAAACCCAUUUCAUGAAGCUCCCGAUGAACAGUUCUUGUGCUGACGUUGCUUCCAGAGGCAGUUUGGAACUCGGUAGUGAGAGUUGCAACCGAGGACACAAUAAUAGAUGGACAUUAUUUGUCGUCCAUUCCUUUCAGUAGAAUAUACAUUUCUGUCAGCACCACCAUUGUUCGCUCUGGUAGCUGUGCUGUUAUUACAGUCAUGUCGAUGGGCAAUUGAACUAUCAAAAGAAACAUGCAUUGUUUACAAUCAAUGUCACUUCUGGGUUUUCCUUUCACACUGGGAUGUUGGAGCUGUAAUUACUCUGUAAUGUCUGUCCUUUCUCUGAAACAAAUAGGACCUGGUUUGGCAUAUGCUGGGUGUGUGUUCAUGUGUUUUCUCCUGGCCCUCCCACCCCUCAGAAUAUCUCCAAAACUCAAUCUGGUUGACAGCAUCUGCUCUGUAAAUAGAAAAGGACAUCUCAUAGAUCCCUGUAGAUUUGUUGCCCUAUAUGCCUGAUGUAUGGCAGCAUGUUAGAAUAGAGUAUUGGUCAUCCUGAGACAUUGUGUUCAGACUGACUCAGUCUCAGGGCAGGAUGGGCCGCAGGUGCACCCUCUCCACCUGUCAUAGCCUGGUCUCAGCCCAGUCUGCCUGGUGAUCCCCCCUCUACAGAGGACAGCUGAAUUUUACGCGCUAUGCGCUUCAGCACUUGGCGGUCCCGUUCUGUGACCUUGUGUGGCCUACCACUUCGCGGCUGAGCCGUUGUUGAUCCUAGACGUUUCCACUUCACAAUAACAGCACUUACAGUUGACCGGGGCAGGUCUAGCAGGGCAGAAAUUUGAUUAACUGACUUGUUGGAAAGGUGGCAUCCUAUGACGGUGCCACGUUGAAAGUCACUGAGCUCUUCAGUAAGGCCAUUCUACUGUCAAUGUUUGUCUAUGGAGAUUGCAUGGCUGUGUGCUCAAUUUUAUGCACCGAUCAGCAAUGGGUGUGGCUGAAAUAGCAGAAUCCACUAAUUUGAAGGGGUGUCCACAUACUUUUGUAUAGAGUAUGAUUCUAUGAAAUGUGAACAAUUAUGUAAUUUUACCAAGAAUACGUACAGAACCUUUCAAAGUUAUGGAGCCCAAUAAACUUUUGUCAUAAAAGUUUACUAUAGACUACCAAUGUAAUAUCUGUCUUUCCCCAGACACCCAUACCAACCUGUCCCUGAACAUCCCGUACCUGUCUCCUGAGGUCUACACGGUCCCCUUCACCAUCUCUGACAGCAGCUCUCCUCCCAGGAGCACCUUCAUCAACCUGCCAGGUGACACACAUUGAUAUGUGUUGAAGCAGAAUAUUUUGCUCUACGCAGACAUGUUUGCAAAAUGUGACAUGUGUCAUUUCUCAUGUAUUACAACUGGAACUGUGAUGUUGUCACUAUAAUAGAUGGCCGUUAUUUGUCGUCCAUUCCUUUCAGUAGAAUAUACAUUUCUGUCAGCACCACCAUUGUUCGCUCUGGUAGCUGUGCUGUUAUUACAGUCAUGUCGAUUGACAAUUGAACUAUCAAAAGAAACAUGCAUUGUUUACAAUCAAUGUCACUUCUGGGCUUUCCUUUCACACUGGGAUGUUGGAGCUGUAAUUACUCUGUAAUGUCUGUCCUUUCUCUGAAAACAAAUAGCAGUGGGUUGGACAUAUGCUUGGUCUGUGUUCAUGUGUUUUCUCCUGGCCCUCCCACCCCUCAGAAUAUCUCCAAAACUCAAUCUGGUUGACAGCAUCUGCUCUGUAAAUAGAAAAGGACAUCUCAUAGAUCCCUGUAGAUUUGUUGCCCUAUAUGCCUGAUGUAUGGCAGCAUGUUGGAAUAGAGUACUGGUCAUCCUGAGACAUUGUGUUCAGACUGACUCAGUCUCAGGGCAGGAUGGGCCGCAGGUGCACCCUCUCCACCUGUCGCAGCCUGGUCUCAGCCCAGUCUGCCUGGUGAUCCCCCCUCUACAGCACACUGAACUGAUUUACCGUAGUAAAACCCUGAGGCCGCAGGGGCAUGGAGAUGUUCUCUCCCUGUCAUCGUGACCUGCUCAGGGUAUCUGUAAUGUGCUUAUGAGAGCUGAAUAUGUCCCUGUACUGUGUGAGUAGUGUUGACUGUGUCUUAAAUCACAGUGACGGUGUGCCCGUGCAAUGUGAGAGGAAACUGCAGGACCGCCGCUAAGCAGCUGCAAGGCAUGCCAACCAUCCAGUCCACCGUUGGCAUCCUUCUGGGAACCCUUGGGGUCAUAGGUAAGAGUAGCUGCUGUUGGACUGUAGACUGAACACCUUUAAGAUACCAAGUGAAAACAGCGAAGUCAAUCAAUCAAUCAAUCAAAUGUAUUUAUAAAGCCCAUUUUACAUUAGCAGUUGUCACAAAGUGCUUGUACAGAAACCGAGCCUCAAGUGUAAGCAACAUGGUCCUUUGUGUAAUUUUGUGUCAUGAUGAUCUGUGUUCACUUAGGAUCUUUUUCAGGAUCUUACAUUUGAGUUAGUCAUGGGAAAUUUUAGUAUGGUGGGCCUAAUUUUAUCUUUCUUAUUUAUCCCAGGAAUCAUUCUAAUCGUUGUGUUUGUGAGGCUGUCCUACCAGAACCCCAAACCGCCGAGCAAAACCAACCAGGAGAGAGAGCCCCUGAGGAUCUCACUGUGAGGGUACUGCCUGCAUAUGUCUCUGACUGUGCCCUUAUGGACAGG